UUACCUUCAGGUCAAAUUCACAAUGACGCUUCACUGUUCCAAACCUGAACCACUUGAUCUUAUUUCGUGCUCGGCAUUGAUCUAUCUAUCAUCUACGUGAUAGGUUCAAUCUCAGUUGAUGAGUAGCUGGGUUGCACCUGACAGCAGUGUAGGCUAGGCUGUCUAUCCCGCCUCUCAGCUCGAUCUAAUAAGGCCAUCUCAUCUUACCCCAUUGAGCUGUUUCUCACUCUCUCUCCUAUAUCUCCAUGAUCUCUCAACUGUAGAUGUCAUUCAGAGCUAUUCACUUUCCCAUCAGCACUAGCCUAGGGCUGGUAGUAUGCUUGCUUUGUGCUCGCUGUGCCGAUGAUAGGCCUAUGUCCAAUGGCUUUGGGGUGAAAGGUUAGCUUGUUGUGUCGGGCAGAGGCUUAAGUGCAUUUCAUCAUUGAGCAUUUAGCCUACAGUAUUGCUCAAUACCCCCAAAGAGCCACACCUCAUGUAGGCCUUGUAGUUAAGUAGGCUAUGUUAUUACAACACAUCAUACCAGAUUGUUGAGAUGUCUGUAGAAUUUGAGUGAUGAGUUGUCAUAUAACAAUUAUCAUUCUUAAUGAUUUGGUUGUUUGGAAGAUCUGUUCAUCUGGGAUACAUAUGUGUCUGUAUGUGUGUUGAAUGAUGUAUUUAGGAGCUCUUCUGCGGCGAUGGUGAUCAUGAGUGUUUAAUUAGUCUCAUCUCUAAGUUUGCCAACCGGCAAAUAUCAGCCAUUUGAUAGUGUAAAGUAGCUUCCCCUCCUUGUCUCCUCUCCUUCCUCUUCGCUGAUCUGAAAAUGCAACAACAUGGUGGAAGCCUAUGGCAAUUUGCUUUCACCUAUCCAGCUCUGUCACAUCAGUACAGAUUAAGGAAAGGAGGGAAUGAAAGGAAGUCACAGAGUAUUGAAAUGUAUACACACCAUCUAUUUCCAUUUGUACUGCCAAAUGACUCUUCUUUGUUUGUUUGUUUCUUUCUUUCUCACACUCUCUCUCUCAGGCCCUCGGAGGCAGAUGUUCAGCAGCGGCCCCAGCAGCCAGGAGUUGGACCCUCUGUUCGGCUUAGCAAGAGUCGCACCGUAGACGCGUUUGGAGAGGGCCCCACUGGCAGGCCGGCCCCUGGCCGCAGUCCCUCGUCCCUCAGCCUCUUAGAGUCCCGAUUCAGGCAGGAGCCUAAGGACCCAGAGAAGAAAACAGGCAUGUUUGGCUCCAGCUUCCUGAGUGGGGCCAACCCGCUUAACGCUGUCUCAUCCAUGACCUCCCAGGUGUCCUCUGGAAUGUCCUCAAUGUCCUCCGAGGUCACCUCCAUGGGCUCCGGGGUCAACAUGCCCUCAUUUGGCCUGUUUGACAAGGAAGAAAAGCCUGGAGAGAAGCCCCAAGGUGGGCCCCCAGGGCCAGGCAGCAAGGGCCCCCAGCAGGGGGGGCCAAGACCCCCUGGCCCCGGACAAGGGCCCAGACCCCCUGGGCAGCAAGGGCCCAGACCCACUGGUCAAGGACCCCUUGGGCAGCAAGGGCCCAGAACCCCUGGCCCCGGACAAGGGCCCAGACCCCCUGGGCAACAAGGGCCCAGACCCACUGGUCAAGGACCCCCUGGGCAGCAAGGGCCCAGAACCCCUGGCCCCGGACAAGGGCCCAGACCCCCCGGGCAGCAAGGGCCCAGACCACCUGGUCAAGGACCCCCUGGCCAGCAAGGACCCAGACCCCCUGUCUCCGGACAAGGGCCCCCUGGGCAGCAAGGGCCCAGACCACCUGGUCAAGUCCCCCCUGGGCAGCAAGGACCUAGACCCCCUGGCCCCGGUCAAGGGCCCCCUGGGCAGCAAGGACCCCCUGGCCCCGGUGCACAGCCAGGCGGGCCAGCUAAAGCUGGGGGUCCCCCUGGUCCACAAGGCCCUGGUAAACCACCUGGAGGUGGGCUGUGUCCGCUGUGCAAGAGUACCCAGCUCAACGUGGGCUCCAAGGAGCCGCCCAACUUCAGCAACUGUACCAUGUGUAAGAACCAGGUGUGCAGCCUAUGUGGAUUCAGCCCCCCAGACUCGGAGGGUAAAGAGUGGCUGUGUCUCAACUGCCAGAUGCAGAGGGCUAUGGGGGGUAUGGAUGACCCUCCUAUGAUGGGCAAGGGCUCUGCCCCUCCUUCACCCUCAAGGAAAGACCCUGGCAAAGAUGGCAAGAAGCCCAAUCUACUGAUUAAGCAGCAGAGCAUUUCCGACAGAGGCUUAACCCCUCCAACCACGCCCAAACAGAAAUCCCCCGGCCCAUCUUCCCCGAAAGGCAGCCCCCAGCCCUCACCGGCCAAAGGUAAACAGGAGUCCAGCUUCUUCGGGGGCCUGGGGGGCAUCAGCCUAGGGGGGCUCACCGAUGUGGCCAAGCCUCCAGCCGCUGCCUCCCAGGCGGCCGAGUCCAUCACGGGAACAAUGUUCAGUGGCUUUGGUGGGUUCACUGGAUCAGCCAAACCUGAUCGGGCCAAAGCCGCUGCUGGUACCCCAAAAACAGCAGAGUCGGUGACGGGAAAGAUGUUCAGCGGGUUCGGUGGUUUUACUGAGACAGCCAAGCCCCCGGCGGCUGCCUCCCAGAUGUUUGGCUUUGGCUCGUCUAUCUUGAGCUCGGCCACCAACCUCAUGACCACCGACUCUGUGGACUCUGUGGAUGAGAAAGCUGGUUCUCUUGCCGAUUCUCCUGCCGGUUCUCCCCUCGGUUCUCCCCCAGACUCCCCCUUCUCUGCCCCUGGUUCUCCCCUCGGUUCUCCCCCGGACUCUCCCUUCUCCGCUCCCGGGUCCCCCCCCGACUCAGACAGCCCUGACACCCCACCUGCCUCCAAGAAGGCCCCCAAACGUGCCGUCUCCCUGCUGAAGGACCAAAAGUCCAUAGAGGCAGAUCCCUCCGUGGAGCCUCUGAAAGCGGGGGAGCAGCUUACUACGGCCACAGGCUUGGGGGCCCAGGAAAACUGCCCUCUGUGUAAGGUGGAGCUGAACGUUGGAUCAGCAGACCCCCCUAACUACAGCAACUGCACCGAGUGCAAGAAGAGUGUGUGCAACCUGUGUGGCUUCAACCCCACACCUCAUCUUGGUGAGAAAGAAUGGUUAUGUCUCAACUGCCAGACCCAAAGAGCUCUCUCUGGCCAGCUGGGCGAUAUGCCCCCUCCACCAUCUCCUGUGAAGAAGCAACUACCCACACCUACCCCUACCCCUCCUGCCUCCCCUGCCAAAGUCCCUGACUCCCCAGCUGCUGCUGCCUCUCCAUUAACGGGGAGCCCCUCAGUCACUCAGGUAGAGGCAGCAGCAGCAAAGGAAGACACCCAGCCGCUUCCCACGUCCAAGGCAAUGCUGAAAGACCCUGGAGAAAAAAACACCAUCGCCAAGGAUAGCAGUCCCACCAGCCCCUCAGACCUUGCCAAGCUGGAGAGCACUGUCCUUCCCAUACUAGAGGCCCAGGCUACACAACCAAAGGAUAAUUCAGACAAACUGACCGACUCACUCAAGACCAGACGCAAACUUGAGGUGCUACCCCUCUCACCUGAAUCUCCCAGCACAGAGGAUGACCCAGAACUCUCAGAGAAGAAGGACGCCUCAGCAAAGAAAAAGCUGCUGGUGCCGACAGACAUCAGGGGUGACUCGUUGGAGGACAGCAGUGAGAGCUUAGGGAAAGAUAGUCCCGUGUCAGGGGAUGACGAAGACUUCAUUCGUAAACAGAUCAUGGAGAUGAGUGAGAACGAGGAUGCUUCGCCGUCAGACGAAGAAAACCUCAUCCGGCGAAAGAUCCGCGAUCAUGAGAGGAAACUAAUGGAGCAGGAGAAAGGGGAGGGGAAGGAGAGAAGCGCAAUGGCAAAAGGCAGGCGGCUCCUCAAAAAGAACACCAUCAGCCCUGAGGACGAAGAUGAGCGGCAAAUCUCACUGGAUAAACCUGACAAGGCAUGGAAAGAGGGAUCAAAACCCAAAGUCUCAGACUCUCAGGAAGGGGAACAGCCUUCGGCCGAUAGAGUUGUGGCAGUACGCCAAUUCAGAACAAUCGAGCUCAACACGACUACCACCCCUGUGCGCAUAUCAGAUGAUGGAGAGCUUGAGAUGGAAAGCCUCACCAACUCCCCUGAUGAUCGCUCCAGGGGCGAUGGGUCCUCCAGCCUGCACGCAUCCAGCUUCACCCCUGGGACAUCGCCUACAUCCCUAUCCUCUUUGGAUGAGGACAGUGACAGCAGUAGUCCCAGCCGCAUGCACAGUGGCGAGGGGAAACAGCACAGGAAAGCGAAGCAUAGACAACAAGGCCAAGGUCUACCCACCAUCGAAGACUCUUCUGAGGAAGAGGAGUUACGAGAGGAGGAGGAGCUGUUAAGAGAACAGGAGAAGCAGAAAGGCUCUGGGAAGAAGUCGAAGAAGGACAAAGAGGAGAUCCGAGCUCAGAGGAGGCGGGAGCGUCCCAAAACACCGCCCAGCAACCUCUCUCCCAUUGAAGAUGCCUCCCCAACAGAAGAGCUGAGGCAAGAGGCAGAGAUGGAGGAGUUCAGGCGAUCAUCCUUAUCCGAUUUCUCUCCCAGCAUCGAGUCAGAACCAGAGGGAGUUGAGAUCAAUGCUGCAAAGAUUGCAGCAGUACAGAAAGUAUACCAACUUCCUACAUCUGUUUCUCUCUACUCUCCAACAGCUGAUCAAGGUGCUAAUAAAAGCCCUGAAAAACGAGCCCUGAAAACUGCAGACGAAGCCUACGAAGAUAUCAUGCUAAAGGCUAAAACACCCACAAAGGAAAAGGUGGACACCCCUCCGGGGAAAGAGUCCCUCUAUGGUGGGAUGCUGAUAGAAGAUUAUGCCUAUGAGUCUCUUGUUGAUGGAAAUGGAAAGAAAGUCCAGCAGCAGGAGCCUGAGAAAAUCUCAGUGCCAGCUCAGCCCAAAAUACUGAGAUCUCCAGAUGAGGUUUACGAAGACAUGAUGGAGAAGAAGAAAGAAUUCAUGCAGCUGGAGCAGGAACUGAAAAAAGCACAGUCCGUGUCAGAUAGACCCAUACCAGAGAUUGUAUUGCAACCCACUGAGCCAACCAGAUCCACGAGUGUUACAGUUACUAUAGGCAAGGAUGGGAAACCACUGCUCGAUGCUGAGGCUACGUAUGAGGAACUCAUGAAGAAAGUUCUGACUCCUGGGACUAGCCCGACACAGCAGGGUCCUGAUAUAUCUGGGGCGGCCUCUGGUGGUGAGUUCGAAGGUACUGAAUCCAGAAGGGCUCUGCGUCCCAUACCAGACCUGAGGGUUACACAGUGCUCCUCAGGGGAGGAGGAUGCCGAUGAAGAGGCCACUGAGAACAAAAGUCAAGAUAAGCCAAAGACUUCAUCAGACAUUCCUAAAGCUGAUCAGGCACCCUUAACAGCUGCUGCAGAAACUGAGUCCAAAUCAGUUGCUUGCAAGGUCCCCCCAUCAACAACUUCAGACCAACCACAGACCCAAUUUGAAACUUCCCAGGCUGACCAGCCUCUGGACAUAACCCAACAGGAUGUCAUGGACUUGUCUAGUAUGAAGUCCGCAGCCCCUGCUGUUGCCAGUGUAUCGCCCUUACCCACCGUCCCUCAGUACACCCCCACUGUCCCCAGUGUAGUGUCGACCACCCCACCAGUGCCCCCGAAACCAGCCAUCCUGCACAGGGCUCUGUCUCAGGAAAAAGCAGACAUUCCUGAACCCCCUCCACUGCCCCCUCCCACCAUGCCAAAGCCAUCGGUUUACCCCAGGAAACCCCCUGUUCCGCUUCCAUCUCAGGCUAUAAUCAGGUCAGAACAUGUUGCCAUGACAACAGCCCAAGGGUCGCCGGUAAGACAGCCUCAUGUCCCCCCACCGGUUCCUCCAAAGCCAGCCAUCCCUGCUGGAAUGGGGUACAGCCACAGGCCAGGGGAAAACGUCAAACCACCCCUUGCUCCAAAACCUGUCUCUCAGCCUGGCUCUCCUGCCCACAUCCAAUAUCCAAGACCCACUGCCCUCCACACAGGCCAUGCUGAUAUAGCCCUGAAUCUGAGCCCCUCAGCUGAAAGCAGGCCAGGUCACUUCUCAGGUCAUUCCUCGGGUCACUCCUCGGGUCACCCAUCCCCCACUUCUCCGCGAUACGGCAAUCGACACGAAACUUAUGUGGUUAUAACUCUGCCAUCCCAGCCCAACUCUCCAGUGGAAGGGAUCACCACCCAGGCCCCAUCCAGUCCUGGUCCAGCAUCUCCUUCAAGACAUGCCCAACCUCCACCUCAAACUCAAACACAGUAUCAACCACAACCUCAACCCCAGAAACAACCACAGCCACCUCCACCACACACAAAUAGGAUGCCCCUGGCAUUCACUCGCAUCACUGAGUCCAUGGAAAGUCAAGAGAUAUGUGGGCCAGAGAAAGUUGUGUCAAGUUCCUGUCAUGUCAUUGAGGCUAUUUCAGCAUCCGCUCCACCCCCAGAGGUCAGGUUAGGGCAGGUCACUCAGUUUGUGACGACAGAAGUUCAAAGAACCAUGGUGUCUGUCCGACACGAAAGGUCACCGCCUCCACCUCCGGCCCCAAGAGCGAACGGUGUUCCAAUCUCACUGGAGAAACCUAAACCACAACAGACACAGAGUCUCCAGGGCUACCAGCCAGGGGAGGUAGUAGACCUUCGUACCAUGAAGGUGAAUUCAGAAUCGGCCAUGAAAGUGGUGGAUCUGUCUUCUUCAGAUGUUAGACGCCAGUCCUUGGCCACAGACAUCAGCGGUCGUCAGACAAGCGCAGUGCAGUCCCCAGUGGUAAAUCUCAGCACUGAGUCGACCAGUGUUUCCAUAGUGACUGACAGCAUCACCAUAGUUACAUGUGCUGCCACCAUACAAAGUUACGAAAAUACCAACAUAUCCCAAGUCCCUUCUCUGCCCCUUCAGCUUACAACCACAAACAAAGCCUUCGAGCCUGUUUGUCAGAUUAUCUAUCGGCCCAUAGAUGCACAGCCCACAACCAGCAACAAUGCUGAGAUCCCGAUUAACCUUUCUCUAGGACCUGGCACAGGCUUAGGGUCAUUCCAGCCACCUGUCACUAUCGCCCCUACCCCUGCCCCAGGGUGUGUGGCUAAUGGUCUGAGCGUCGGGAUGCCGACAGUAGCAGGUGCGGUGGACCUUAGCACAGCCAAACCCUUCAACACCGUGGUUUCGGUCGACGCUUCCUCCGCGGAAGUGGUCACGGCUGUGAUCACAGAGGAGGAUGGGAAACCCGUGGACCUGACGGCUGGGAGAAGAGCUGUCUGCUGUGAUGUUGUCUACAAGCUGCCAUUUACAGGUAGCUGCACCACCCAGCAGCCCACUACUCCAUUGCCCGAAGACCGCUUCGGUUACCGAGACGACCACUACCAAUACGACCGCUCACCCUACAACAUGAGGGGCUUCGGUGGCAUCAAACCCUCCAUGUCCGACACCAAUCUGGCUGAGGCCGGGCUUUUCCUCUAUAAGAGCAAGAACAGUUACAAUUUCCAUGGCACCACAGAGGGUGCAGUAGACCUGACAUCCUCCAAGACAUCUGAUGCAGGUGUAGCUCUGGACUUCUCCACCAAAGGCUCAGGGUUAUAUUCAGGAAUGAUAAUCCCCCCAUAUUCCCAAGCUAGAGUCAAAGGAGCUGUUGGGACACACUUUGGCACGAGCAGUGUCCUGAGAUCCUCCAAUGGGGUGGUGUACUCUUCAGUCUCAGUACCAAUCCCAUCCACCUACGCCAUCACCACACAACCUGGGUCCAUAUUCAGUACCACUUACAACUCCCUGUCGGCGGGCAUGCACACCAGCGACACCAUGCCAUCCCUGUCCACUCUCCAGAACCAGCCCAUGACUCGGUCCCACAGCUUCAUCUCCACCACCUCUGCAGAUGAUCAAGAGGAUGUCCCCCUCAACCUGGAGCUUGCUAAAGAUGGCAUAUCCACCUCCGUGGCCCUCAGCACCAAAACAGUCACCCUGGCCCUGGAAAGGCUGGACUCGUACACGGACGCGUCCCUGGAGGCUAUCGCCGCCUCGCUGGAGGCCCUGUCCUCGCCCUGUGUGCCAGGGGAGGGCCAGUACCAGAUGCAGCGUGAGAUUCUGGAGAUGGAGAAGUUCAAACAGCAGCGGUUGGCUGAAGAACUGGAGUGGGAGCGUCAGGAGAUCCAGCGCUUCCGUGAGCAGGAACAGAUGCUGGUGCAGAAGGAGCUGGAGGAGCUGCAGUCCAUGAAGCAGGCCAUCCUGUGCCAGCAGGAGGAUGAGCGCCAGGCCCACCUCAUGAUGCAAAAGGAAACCUAUGCCCAGCAGCAGCAGCAGCUAGAGCAGAUCCAGAGGCUCCAGGAGCAGCUCCGAGCACAGCUGGAGGAGCAGAAGUUCCGGAAGAUGUACCCGGGGGAGGUGUUGCUGGGGCAUGGCCAGCAGGAGGCAGUAGUCCUGGGGCCGGAUGGCACCGAGCUAGCCCGGAAAAUCAUGGAUAGUGGGUGUCAGACGGACGACGAGGACAGUGUUGUCGAUAAAGCCUACACGGCAGGGAGGAAGAAGAGAAGCACGGCCAAGAAGAGCGUAGACAGCUGCGUGCAGACGGACGAUGAGGACCAGGAGGAGUGGGAGCCUGCUCGGGCCAGACGUAGCAGGCCCCGCACGUCAAGGGGGGACAGAGGCGGACAGACUUCCGAUAUAUCCAUUCAGGCUCACUCUGAGAUCUCCAUACAGACGGACUCUGCAGGGAAUGUAAGAAUGGACACCAGGAUGGAGCUCUCCGACUCGGAAAGUCCACAUUGGGAAGACAAGAGACGGCCCACGCCCUUGGAGAUAGAACAGUCUGGCCACCUCAGAGCUGACCCCUCCUCACUUCAGGCCCCGCCCAAAUCCCCCAAUGUUCUCUACUCCCCCAUAUCCCCCUGCAUAUCCCCAAGCAAAUCCCUUGAGUUUGUGUCCUAUGAGAAAUCACUGGGUGAUACAAGCCCACAGAGAAUAAGAGGGAGUACUGAUCCGACCAAAGUCUCUCCAACCGGCAGCCCCAAGGGACCUAAGGCCAUGCAGAGAUCCAUGUCCGACCCCAAGCCCAUGAGUCCAACUGGAGAGGAGAGGGCAUCAUCCAGUUUCCAGUAUGGCGAAGGUUCCUCCGGCAAAAGCUCGUCGGGCAGCACCCCAACUGGCACCGGCAAGAAGGUGAAGAGGACCCUGCCCAACCCGCCCUCGGAGGAGGAGGCAACAGCCGCUGGCCAGACGGCCUACAGCACUGGUUCGGCCCGCCGUCGCAUGUGCCGCAACACCAACAUGGCGAGGGCCAAGAUCCUGCAGGAUAUCGACCGAGAGCUGGACAUGGUGGAGCGUGAGUCGUCCAAGCUCCGCCACAAGCAGGCGGAGCUGGACGAAGAAGAGAAGGAGAUCGACGCCAAGCUACGCUACCUGGAGAUGGGCAUCAACCGCAGGAAAGACGCCCUCCUCAAGGAGAGGGAGAAGAGGGAGCGGGCCUACCUGCAGAGCGUGGCCGAGGAUCGUGACUACAUGUCAGACAGCGAGGUCAGCAACAUCCGGGAGACACGGAGCGGCCGUGGCAGUGGAGAAGAUGAUGAGAUGGGAAGUCACGGGCUGGAGCGCCCCAGGACGGCACCCCAGUCAGAGCUGGAUGAUUUUGUGCCACCACAGACCACACACGAGGCCCAGUACGGCACGUACUCCCAGUACCAGUACCCACUGAGCCAGACGCUGUACCAGCAGCAGUCACUCUACCAAUCUCCCCAGUCCUACCAGUCUCAGUCCAUCUAUUCCUCAGUCCCAUCCCUGUCUAGCUCCCAGCAGCAGAGCUACCACCAGAUGCUCCUUCUCCAGCAGAAGGCAGCCAGGCAGGCGGCCCUGAUCCAAGAGUUGGACGCGUCGUCAAAGUACGAAAUCAUCAGCCGACAGCCCGACCCCGUGUCCUCUGCCUACAUGGGAGGGGUCAGGUACGACAAGUACGGUAACCACUUGGACCUCCGGGCCCUGGAGGUGGGGGGCAGUAUGGCUGGCAGCCCCAUGUCCAACGUGUCGGCCGACUCCUUCUAUGGAGACGUGGAGCACCACCACCACACUCCACGAAGCUACGUCCUCCUAGAAGAUGCGGCAGAGCUGGCCAAGAGCUCCACGAGUCUGGCUUCAUCCAGCUACGCCCAGGCCGAGAAGGAGCUGGCUAAGGCAGAAAGGCUGUUGCGAAGAAGUGCAGCCGACUUGACCUCCACCGACUACCUGGGCUCCAGCUCCAGGCUCCACUCCGGGUAUGGAAAGACCCCAGACGAUGAAGACUCCAUGGACGACCCCUACGAGCUGAAGCUCCUCAAGCAGCAGCUGAAACAGGAGUUCCGGAGGAGCACAGGGGGAACAGAGAGCCUGGACCCGCUGACGGGUCUCUCCCACAACUACUACGGCACCCCCAGCUCGGGUGUCUCCUCCUCCCAGAGUUACUCCCAAAGACACUACCCCAAGACAGAGAAAUACAGCAUCAGCCGGCUGACCCUAGAGAAGCAGGCAGCCAAGCAGCUCCCGGCAUCCAUGCUGUACCAGAAGCACAAAGCCCCGCUGACCGACCCCAAAGUCUCCAAGUACUCCUCGAUGCAAGACGGCAGGAGUCUGGAGACAGACUAUACCAGCUAUUUAGGGUCCAGUAACGUUAGCGCCUCUCCCAGAUCCAGCCGGCUCCUUCAGGACGAGAUCACCUUUGGACUACGCAAGAACAUUGCAGAGCAGCAGAAGUACCUGGGCUCCACGUUGGGUGCCAACCUGGCUGGCUCGCUCAACUUCGGCCAGAGCCUGGCCUUGGACUCGACUUCCUACCCCAGUGGCAGCCGGUCACGGCCCUCUUCUAGGCCCAACUCUGUCUAUGGCCUGGAUCUCUCACUCAAACGGGACCCAUCCAGUUCCUCUUUGAGGCUCAAGGGGGACGGCGAGGCGGCCUCAGACAGCUACCAGAUGCCAUCAGGGCGUGCCAAGCCCACCAGCCUGCCCAUCGUGCAGGGCGGCCGGGGGCGCAUCCCCAUCUUGGCGCAGAACUCUGAGGAGGAGAGCCCGUUGAGUCCUGUGGGCCAGCCUAUGGGCAUGGCGCGGGCGUCAGCGGGGCCCCUGCCGCCCAUCUCGGCCGACUCACGGGACCAGUUUGGUUCGUGCCUCUCCCUGCAGGACUCCCAGCAGCAGCAGCACCUGAGGGAAGAGCCAACGAGGGGUCGAGGCUACGUCUUGAUGGACGACCUCCAGGGCACCAUGUCGGACGGCGAAGCCUACCACCUACGGCGAGAGGAAACGGACUGGUUUGACAAACCCCGCGAGGGACGACCAGAGAACGGACAAGGGCCGGACAGGAGACAGGGGAAGGGUGUUUACUACCCCUUUCCUCACACCAGAGUCAAACUGCAGAGGGAUCCCAAGGACCGCAGCGUGUCAGGGAAUGGAUUGGGUAUCAGAGUGGUGGGAGGUAAAGAGGUUCCAGGGACCAACGGACACAUCGGAGCCUACGUAGCUAAAGUCUUACCUGGAGGAGUUGCCCAACAGACUGGGAAGAUACUAGAGGGAAUGCAGGUGCUGGAGUGGAACGAGCUUCCUCUAACGGGGAUGACCUAUGAGGAAGUGCAGGGGCUUGUGGUACAGCAGUGUGGCGAGGCAGAACUCUGCGUGAGACUAGAUCUGAACAUGCUGGCUGACUCAGAGGGCUCUCAGCACCUUGAUCUCCCAGACCAGAGCAAACCAGGUGACAGACCCCCCAGGUCUCCGGGGGUGGAUCCGAAACAACUGGCUGCAGAGCUACAGAAGGUGUCCCAGCAGCAGGCUCCUCCACCUACCACCGCCACGUCCUCCUCCUCCACGGUGGGGGGAGAGAAAGGACCCCACUCUGCCAUCUCAGGCGCCGCCUCGGCCACUUCUAGCGCCAUCCAGAGUCCGGGACAGCCGGGGUCGCCCUCCGUCAGCAAGAAACGCCACAGCAGCAAGUCUGCGGAACCAGUGAAGACACAAUCCCACCCUGUUACUGGAGAGAUACAGCUUCAAAUCAACUAUGACAAGCAGCUGGGGAACCUGAUUGUUCACGUGCUCCAAGCCAGGAACCUGGCCCCCCGAGACAACAACGGCUACUCCGACCCCUUCGUCAAAGUCUACCUCCUACCGGGGAGGGGUCAGGUCAUGGUUGUCCAGAAUGCCAGUGCUGAGAAUAAGAGGAGAUCAAAACAAGCUGGCCAGAGUCUGAACCCAGAGUGGAACCAGACUGUUAUCUAUAAGAACAUCCACCUGGAACAGCUGAGGAAGAAGCUGCUGGAGGUGAGCGUGUGGGACUACGACAAGUGCUCCUCCAACGACUUUCUGGGAGAGGUGUUGAUGGACCUGUCCAACACAGCUAACAUGGACAACGUCGCACGCUGGCUCCCUCUGAAGGAACAGAGUGAGGGAGAGCACCACCGGCGCUCCCUUUCAGCACAGGGGCGCCAGCACUCCCCCAAGCCCCCCUCGCAGCACGCCUCCCCAAAACCCCUGCCCACGGUAACCAGGACUCCCCCAAGCCCCCCUCGCAGCACGCCUCCCCCAAAACACCCGCCCAUGGGAACCAGGACCCGCCCAAGUCGUCGGUCAUCAAGAGCCGGAGCCAUGGGAUCUUCCCUGAUCCCGCCAAGGUGGGCGUGCCUCACCAUUCAGAAAGCCCAAUCCGAUUCGCUCCCCGCCCCGCCGGGCCCGGCAGCAUCGGCCACUGGGAGCCAAGCAGACAGCAGACACCUGACCUUCAGGAAAGCCAUGUCUGAAGAGAGGCCACAGAGAGAAGGAGCACGGCCCGGCAGGUCCGGCGACGCCCCGGUAACAGCCGCCUCAUUGGACAGUGGUCUGAGUGGCAGUGCUCACAGCCUAUUGGAGGAUGAGGGUGGGACUAAUGCCGUGGACAGUGCCAUCUUCCAGGUCCCUCGGUUUGGGAAGAUUCCAAAUGGCACCGACGUGAUGAUGUCACCAAUGGGCCAUAUGGACUCUGAGGGUAAGACCCAGGUAAUGGGAGAGAUCAAGAUAGCUCUGAGGAAGGAGCUGAAGACAGAGGGAGACCAGCUGGUGUUGGAGAUUCUCCAGUGCAGAAACAUCACCUACAAGUUCAAGUCUCCAGACCACCUGCCAGACCUCUAUGUGAAGCUGUAUGUGGUGAACAUUGCGACCCAGAAGAGGAUCAUCAAGAAGAAGACCCGGGUAUGUCGUCACGACCGCGAGCCCUCCUUCAACGAGACCUUCAGAUUCUGCAUGAACCCCACCGGCCACUCUCUGCAGCUCUUCCUGGUGUCCAAUGGGGGGAAGUUCAUUAAGAAGACCCUGAUCGGAGAGGCCUACAUCUGGCUGGAUAAGGUGGACGUGCGGAAGCGAGUGGUCAGCUGGCACAAACUGCUGGCUAGCUCUGCUCAGAUCCACUCCUAAAGAACCUACUGUUAACCUUGUCUAUUCUAUAGGCUCUUAACUCGCAGAGAGAAAGACGAGGAUGGCUAGGGCGCUCGAGUUUACUGUCGCCAUCACUGAUCCACUCUUUAUGGACCUACUGGACAUACUCACAGGUCCAGCAUUGGGGUCGGGCGAGGACCGUUAGGGUGCGGGAGUUAGACAUCUCUUCCGUAUCCUGUGGAUCUUGAGUUUUGUGUCAGGGGUCAGCGUUUGAAUUGCUUGAGCUGUGACUAGGGAUUGGCUAGUGGGGAGGAAGUAGGUAUGUGUUUACAGGAAAUUAACUUGUGUUUACAGGAAGUAGUGUAGCCAGGGCAGGGAGGAGGACAUUGAGGCAACAAAGCAAGAACAGAAUCAACCAGGUAUUACACAUACACUCACACACACAGUCAACAACACAUUCAAACACACCA